ACACAACCCACUCCCUCACACGCACGCACACACACAUAUACGCAAGUAUGUAAUUGCCACACCCGCAAGCUAGCUGAAAGCGGUCGAGGUCGCGGAAAUCUUGCAACACGCCGCAGCAUCGCCGCCAUAUUGCAAGUCCUUUAUUCCACCGCCACAGUAGAGAGAGCACGUGCGCCGGCUUCUCGCCGUUUAAGAUCAUAAUUAUCUUUGGACAACUCAUUCUAAGUGUCAUCUGUAACAAAAACUAUUCAUCAUGGUGAAAGAAAAGACUCACAUCAACAUUGUGGUUGUCGGCCACGUCGACUCGGGGAAAUCUACAACUACCGGUCAUCUCAUCUACAAGUGCGGUGGAAUCGACAAACGUGCCAUCGAAAAGUUCGAGAAGGAAGCUGCUGAGAUGGGAAAGGGAUCUUUCAAGUAUGCCUGGGUUCUCGAUAAGCUGAAGGCAGAACGUGAACGUGGUAUCACCAUCGACAUUGCUCUCUGGAAGUUUGAAACAACCAAGUACUAUGUCACAGUCAUUGAUGCACCUGGUCAUCGUGAUUUCAUCAAGAACAUGAUCACAGGAACCUCGCAGGCCGACUGUGCCGUUUUGAUUGUUGCUGCUGGUACUGGUGAGUUUGAGGCUGGUAUCUCCAAGAAUGGGCAGACACGUGAGCAUGCCCUCCUCUGCUACACCUUGGGUGUCAAGCAGCUCAUUGUAGCCGUGAACAAAAUGGAUAGUACCGAACCCCCAUUCUCUGAAGCACGUUUCACCGAAAUUGUGAAAGAAGUCUCAACAUACACCAAGAAAGUUGGCUACAAUCCAAAGGCUAUUGCAUUUGUCCCAAUUUCGGGAUGGCACGGUGAUAACAUGCUUGAGAAAUCAGAAAGGAUGAAGUGGUUCAAGGGCUGGAAUGUAGAACGCAAGGAAGGCAAUGCUAGUGGAACGACAUUGUUCGAGGCCCUCGAUUCCAUUCUACCACCGAAGAGGCCGACAGAUAAGCCUCUUCGUCUUCCUCUCCAAGAUGUUUACAAGAUUGGAGGCAUUGGAACGGUUCCAGUGGGUCGUGUUGAGACAGGAAAAAUGACACCUGGCCUUGUUGCUACUUUCGCCCCUGCUAAUAUUUCCACUGAGGUAAAAUCUAUUGAGAUGCAUCAUGAAUCAAUUGCAGAGGCUCUGCCAGGUGACAAUGUUGGUUUCAAUGUCAAGAACGUCUCAGUAAAGGAAAUCAAGAGAGGUAUGGUCUGUGGAGACAGCAAGAACAACCCUCCAAAAGAAGCCCAAUCAUUCAACGCACAGGUCAUCAUCAUGAACCACCCUGGGCAGAUCCACCCUGGCUACUCGCCGGUUUUGGAUUGCCAUACUGCUCAUAUUGCCUGCAAGUUCGCUGAACUCCUUCAGAAGAUUGACCGUCGAUCAGGCAAGGUACUAGAGGAAAACCCCAAGUUUGUCAAGUCUGGUGAUGCCGCUAUUGCUAAAUUGGUUCCAUCCAAGAAGAUGGUUGUCGAGUCCUACACAGAAUUUCCUCCUCUUGGUCGUUUUGCUGUCCGUGAUAUGAAGCAGACCGUCGCCGUAGGUGUGGUAAAAUCCGUCGAGAAGGCAGAGGCGACCGGCGGCAAGAUGACCAAGUCUGCUCAGAAGGCUACCAAGAAGAAAUAGUAGCCUGAAGCAUUAUAUGGCAUAACAAGCUAGGAACAUAGCCUUUAAAAAUUCAGUUCAAUUUCAUUUUGGUUCAGUGUAAAUAAGCAUCCGUAGUUAUGCUCAAAGAAAUCAUUGAAUGUUGUGAUUUCCUGGACAAUUCGGGGAAAGGGGAUAAUUAACAGUGCUUUGCGACAGAUUUUUUCCUCUUCUGAUGCUUUAAUUUUUUUGCUAGUGACCGGCCGAAGACGGGAUUUGGGUUGAAAUUUCAGUUUAAAAAAGAAAAAUCUUUAGAAUCAAAUGAAUUCAAGAGUUCAACUGGUCACUAUCUACAACUGAUCUUGAUUUAUUUUGAAUCCCUGUAAUCCAGAAUAUAUUAUUUCAUAUUCUUUGAGUAUCAAUGACAAUCAACAUUCGAUGCAACUUAACACUACUAAGAACUAUCACAUUAUGAGAUAUGAAAUACCUUUUUAAAUGCAUCUAUAACAGAUGGUCAGUCAAUGUAUACAAAAGAAAAAAAUACCAUUUAAUGUUACGUUCUACCCAUUUACAUAUUCUUAGCAUUACUUUGAUUUCUAGAAUAUAUUACCAAAAUCAGUAUUGAUAUUUUAGUCUCCACUGACCAUGUUUUUAUGUUGGUAACAGUGAAAUCAUUCCAUCAUUUAAAAAUAGUGAUCAAACUUUGAUAAGCAGUUAAAGACACAUUUUAGGAGUCCUCUUACAUAUCAGCCUUUUGCCAGUUAUAUAUACACGUUCAAGAUAUUAAUUUCACUAUUAAAGAAUCCAGAGUUUAAAUUUCAAUUUCAGCUCUCUUUGACAUUACAGUAUGGAAGAUGGUGAAACAUCUCCAAGAUUCAUGACCUGCUAAAUAUCAGAAAGGUACAAAGGCAAUUUCAUCAAAUAGACUUCACAUUUUAUUGGGUUUUUUUUUAACCGUUACAUCUGUGUCAUAAAAUUUGGCAAGAAUUUGUUGCAUAAUUCUAAUCCAAGUGUCUUUAAACUGUCUUGUGAUUCGCGUCUGUUUACACCACAUUGCCCAUAACUUAUUCAGGGUUUAUAUAAGAUUUUCUCCAUUAUGUUAUGUUUCUUUAUGAUGCCAUAGGGCCUUCCAGAGGAAGUGAAGUGGGCUAACCAGUUAAUUAUUUUCGAUUCGCCACGCCAUUCAUAUUUCAACUACGGUAUUGAAUCUAUUGAUGCUGUAGCAGAAAUAAAAAUAAAAAACAAAUUGUA